CCAUAAAAAAGUACUCCACAAUUUAUAAAGAAGUUGUUGUUUUUUUUUCUCUGGGCUGAGUGAAGAAUAAGUUCUGGGCUGCUAAGCAGGUUUGUGAAAUGGGUUUGUCAGAGAAGUGAGUUUGUCAUCAUCUGUGCAUGGUGUUUACGCAGGAGAACCUUGACCGGAACGCGAAUCCGGAGACAACCCCGUUUGGGAGCAGAUGGCGAUCGGAUCGCAUGCUUUUACUUUGAAAGGCACAUUCUUUUCUCCACCUCCCCAAUUUCGUCCGCCUUUACGCACCUCCAUCCCCACAAGAAGUACUUUGUCUUAUCGGAAAGGGGGGUUGCUCUCCGUUAGAGAGGAGGAGGACUGGCCCGGUUCCUCUGCGCCGCACACUUUUCUUCAUUUUUAGGCUUCAGCCGGGGCCUCAAGGAAAGAGGGGGUUGGGUGGGGUGGCUUUUGAGUGCUCAAGGUCGAGGAGGGGCGGGGGAGCAGCACGGACAGAAGGGGAUGCAACAGAACCCCGGGGUUGAAGGGGGGGCCCCCCCGUCUGAUUCCUCACAAUAACCGUGGCUGGGAUGGUAGUGGUGAUGCACACCCAGCAGAGCGCCGGAUGCCCACAGAACCUCCCCACACACUGCGCCACAGCCCCCGCGACCGAGCGUGAGCCGCCACCGCACGGACACACGCUUCUGCUUCUCCUGUAAAAUCAGAGCCCCGUCUCAUUCAAAGCCGGACUUCCAGACCGAUGCAUGGACCAAACCGCCGGGGAACCGAGCAGCUCACGCUCCUUGUCGGGGAUGCUGCAGCUCUGAUCCGGCGAUUUUGAAAGGUUUCUGACGCGCCGCUCCUGCUGCUGCUGCUUUGACACAAGACGGAGGGGGAAGAUGUUGGUGCGAUGCUGCCGGGUUAAGCUGUCGGUGUGGGCCGCUCUGUGCGUGCUGGUGCUCGGCUGGUUCUACGUUUUCCCUGCGUACAGACUUCCCAGCGACAAAGAGAUUGUGGAGGAGGUGCUGGGACUGGGGGAAGCGUGGAGGAAGAACCAGACGGGGAUCGAUUUGUACAGGAAUCUGCUGACAGAAUGUUGCAAUCCGAGGUGGAUGUUUGCCGUGACGAAGGAGAACGCUCCCAUUGGAAAGGUCCUGUGGUACGAUGGAGAGUAUUACUACUCGCACACUGUCAACAACGAGACGUAUUCAGUCUUUGUGCAGACCACCCCUCUGAAGCCGCUGAAGAAGUGCGCUGUGGUGGGCAACGGCGGUAUCCUCAGGCACAGCAAGUGUGGACGGGACAUUGACCAGGCUGACUUCGUCAUGCGGUGCAACCUUCCACCGCUUACGAAGGAAUAUUUGGAGGACGUGGGAAACAAAACCCACCUGGUCACCGCCAACCCGAGCAUCAUCGAGAAAAGAUUCCAAGGCCUUCUCUGGUCUAGGAAAGCUUUCGUGGACUAUCUGAAGGCUUACGGCUCCAGCUUCAUCUACAUGCCAGCGUUCUCCAUGAGGCCCGGCACCGACCCGUCGCUCCGAGCGUACUACGCCGUCACGGACUCCCCCUCCAACCUCACCAUGCUCUUCGCCAACCCCGACUUCCUGCGCAACGUGGGCAAGUUCUGGAAAGCGCGCGGCGUCCACGCCAAGCGCCUCUCCACGGGCCUCUUCCUGGUCAGCCUGGCCCUGGGGAUGUGCGACGAGGUGACAGUUUACGGCUUUUGGCCCUUCUCCAUUGGACUGGAUGGGCAGCCCAUCAGCCACCAUUACUACGACAACAUCCUGCCCGGCAAGUGGUUCCACGCCAUGCCAGAGGAGUUCGUCCAGCUGUGGCACCUCCACAAAAGCGGCACUCUGCGAGUGAAGGUGGGAAGCUGUCGACCUCAGGGUGAAGGGAAUUAGAGCGCCUACGGACUCGCUGACGUCGGUGGGGUUAUUACGGUGAGCAGGAGAAGAGGGUCGGAUUGCAAAAGAUCAAGACGCUUGUGAGAGUAAAGGUUAUAGGGCCACAUAUUUCCUCUGGGAAGUACCCACACUGCACCCAUGAGUAUUUAUUUACCUGCUUUUAUUCCUGUUCAUCAUAAAAAUGUCUAUUGCCUGACACACACACACACACAGAGUUUCCAUACAGUCCCAAAACUUGCCGUGCAUCUGCCCUCAUCUGUGGAACGGUGUGUUCCACGGGAAGCCUCAGCUGCGAAACAGGAAAGGGGAAGGGAUGGAUUUUCCUCUUGUCUGACACAUGUGGCAGCUGGACCAACCCCCAUCUGAGUUUCUGAUGUAAGGAGACAGAGGGAGCAAAGGGGCCAAAGAGGAAUGAUAAAAUGCACUGAAAAGGCUGCUGAGACACAACAAACAAUGGAGAGAUAAUGGUGUCCUGGUGGCUUGAAAAGAAGUGGAAUUUAAUUGAGCAAGGGGUAAAAAAGAAAAAGGUGUUUUGUUUUUUUCAAGGUGUGAUGUCAGUUUUUUUCUCAAACUGGAGAGUUUGAGAAAUGGAGCUGUUAUACAAUGUACUAACUCUUACGAAUUAAAUCCCCUAGAAUGUUAAGCCAUGUUGCAUUUUAAACCUUCAAUCUAAAAGGGAAAACCUGCUGUUGUUUAUCUUGCUUUUGUUUGCCAAAUGUGAUGGUUUUUUAUUAUUAGUAUUAUUAUUGCUUUUGUUUAGGUUUUAAUGUGAAUUGUGUUUGUGGUUCAUCAAGGGAAGGAGAGGGAAGAUAUUUUCCUGCCGAAACACAUAGGUACCUCAGCUGUCGCUUCACUUUUAACGGUGAUUACCUUUUGUUUUUCGGUGCAACUCAGCAAAAGCAGGCUCCCUAAAUUAAAUCCAAUCCACUUCUGCGGAGAGCCGUGCUGGAAGUCGGCCCCCUGGUAGCAGGACUGUACUUGUCAAGUGCCAAACCAGGGGAACAGUGGACUCUUUCAUGCUCUCCCGCCCAAUCCACGUGCUGCUUGUGCUCUGAAACGAGGAGACGCUGAUAUAAAGAGGACACCGACACAUGAAGAGGAACUCGAUGGCACAAAGCGGGGCUUUCAGUCAGUGUUGCUUUUUGCCCCCCGUUAGAUGUAGGAAACCUCGUUGAGUAAAUAGUGAACCCGUUGCACUCGGUUAUCGAUCAUUUUUGCCUCAGAGAACAGGCGCAGCUGAGCCUCUGUCCUGAACUCUUCUUAUAAUAUCGUGGUUUCAUUUUUGCCUUCGAAAUCAAAUCAAACUGACAUUUUUUUUUUUUUUUUUUUGUAUACAUGCAAAACCUGCAUUAUUUAUUUAUUUGACGGUGUCUUAUUUUUUGUUGUUUUGUUUUGAGGGGUUUUUUCCUUAAAAAUGUACUCUCGUAUAUGCUGUCGUGCCAUACGGGUGAUGGUGCAACAAUUGAGAACUCUGCAUGGGGGGGUAUGCAGGAUGUGAACCGCAGUCCUCGCUGCUGGAGGUACCAAACGCCUUUGGAAGUUUAGUGCUGUACGUUCUUUUCUGAAUAAGGUCCAGUGCCUUUUAGAUGAAUUAGAGGAGGAUUCCCCGUGAACUUCUCACUGGUGUGACUGACGCGAUCCGGUUGGCGAUGCUUAAUUUUUCGGUUUUCAGUGCCGUCGAGAAAAACGUGUUGGCGUUUUUAUGAAUCGGUGAUCAUAAGCCUUUUGUGGCUUUUUGAAGAGGAAUCAGUGAGUUUAGCAAACAUGCCGCUCUCGACAUUGAGGGGCGUUAGUCAUCAUAUUUGAAACGUUUUCUUUUUCCACGCUCAUUUGCGUCCAACUGCUGAAAGUUGCCAAAAAAGUGAUAUUACCAAUCCUGAAGUUUGAGACAUUAGAAAAUGGCCAUCCAGAAAGAAAGCUAAAUUCUAAAACUCAAACGCAAAUUUAUAGGAAACAUGUUAUUGGUCACGUUUUCCAGGGACAAAAAGAAAGUCAGGAGAAAUGUCUAAGAAUUAGCUUGGAGACCCAACUGACUGGCACCCUACCUCAGGACGUAAAAGCACUCUCUGCAAUCAUUCAGGUAGAUUCAAAUUCCUCCCCGCUUCUGACUAGCAUUUUUCGCAACAGAGACAUUUUUUCUAUAAGCAAAACUCUGCUGCGAUUGUGUAAAACAUAAUCGCUGCAAUACUAAUAAAUAACAUCAUUUCUUUCUUUUUCUUUGUCAUUAUUUUUAAGCUUUUAAAAUUGGACGCCAAAAAUUUUAGUUACCCUGAAAAGAUUACUCUGCAGAGUACCAUCAGAGUGCAGGCUUGGUUUGUGUUUUUGUUUUGUUUUUUGUUGUUGUCGUUUUUUUGUUUAAGUGAAUGUUACUCUGACUAAUUGCACUGAUAGAUUUACGUUCUGGUUUCUGUACUGCCUUGCUCGUUCGCCUGAAAUGCCAAGUUAGCAUGACCAACGAUCCUCAGACUCGCAACAAAUGAGAAGUAAAAUGGAUAUCUUUUUUUUUUUAAUCAAAAACUAUUCCUUGAAGAAGAAUAGUGCGUAGCUAAUGCCGAGCAUGUGUGUUUGACUUUCUUUUGUUUGAGGUUACAAACCUCAUUUGCUAUGUAAAUGUAAAUUUAAUGUGAAUUAUUCCACAACAAACAAACAAAAAAAAUUCUAAAUAGUUUUUACUGCGGUCCAUUCAACUUCAACGAUUGUUUUUUUUUUUUUAUCUGCAUCUUUAUUUGUCGUCUUUUGCCCAGUAUUGUGAACGAAUGAUCUGUCAAAGUUUAACUGUAACUAAGCAUGAUGACUUUCUAAUAUAUAGGCGCUUUUGGGCCAUUGAUUUUUAUCCCUUUUUUUUUUUUUUGUACACCAAGUUGUUGGUAAAAGUCGACCAGAACAAGCGGAAACUCCUGCCUGCCAGCUUCAUCUUUUUGUGCAAACGUGAAGUGAAAAAAAAUGUGAUGUAAACUUUGGUCUUGUGGAAAAAGGACGAAUUAGUUUUAGAUCUGGCAUAAUUAGUCAAGCUCCAGUUGAAAUAAAUCGCAGGUUUGCUUCUCUCGCUGUACUGUGAGCUUUGCAAUUCACAUAGCAAGAGUAGAUUUUUAGAAUUAUUUAAAACGAUGAUCAAAUUAGAGAUGCUGACUAUUUUUUUAAUCUAAUUUUGAUGUUCUAAAAAACCCAUUUGAACAACAUAUGUCUGCUAUUUUAAGAAACGGCAGCGCAUUGUUGUCAUUGCCAUAAUGUGGAAUUUAGUCGCUGCGUGCCUAGUUGUGAAGAAAUGCUUCAAAACGGUUCAUUUUAGCAAAUAUUUGAAGCUUUAGAUGAUUUAUUUCUUAGUUGCUGUGCUGGUUGACUGUUAAAUAAUAAAACGGCUGUUGCAAACAACCAUCUCAUAUUAGCAUGCGGUUCUUUUUAGGACUAAUGCAAUUUUACAGAGAGGUUUUUUGAACAUUGUCAUACAUAGCUAGUUGGAUUAAGGUUAGUAUAUUUUUAAAACACGUUUCCUGCUUUAACCGCGUUCUAGUGCAUCACCAGCAGGUGGAGUUUUCUGACGGGCAAAGUCGCCUGUUUUUACUGUAAAGUUUGUAAUAUAAUCUUACUGCUUAUUUUGUUCUGCGGCCUAAAGGCUUUCCUUAAGGGUGUGUGUAUUCGGUCUUGAGUUUUACAUUGUUUGAAACACAUCGAGGUGUUUCAGCUGAGUCUAAUAAUACUGAAUGAAGUGGAUGAUGACCGGGAAGUGUUGGGCAGGGAUUCUAAAUUGUAAUGUAACUUUAUUGGUCUCACAGGAAUAUUUAAUCUUACUGUUACUGAUUGACGCUGAUCAAAGACGCCGAAUUCUGCUUGAAAUCUAGACAUUGUAUCUGGCUGAUGUGAAUGUCCCCACAAGUGACGUUUUUUUUGUUUUUCGUUUGUUUUACGUAAGCAUAUUUUUUUUUACAAGUCAUCUAACGUACGAUGCAACUUGCUUACUUACAAUAGAGGACAUUUUGGUGACACCAGCCUGUUGCCUGCUGCAGAUCCUCCCUGUCACCACACAGAGAAAUACAUAUACAUGACACUAAAUACACAUACCACCAAAAAACACCAUUAGUUUGACGCAGUGGCUUUAAACGAAAACUCUUGUACGCAGGCCUUUCACAAAGCCAGCACAGCUGCACAAAUUUAACAAGUGAUGAAGGAAACUUUAAUUUAAUCUGAAACGGUCAAAGUCCUAGGCCCCAAUCCAAGAGAUUUGUAAAAUUAGGUCAAGAAAAAGAUCAUUUUGUAUGAGAUGAUUAGACAAUAGUCCAACAUUGGUUUAGUCUGGGUUUUUUUUUUAGCUAACGUCACAGUACAGGUUUCAUUUUUAGGGUUGCAAACUACAUACAUCAACUUAUAUUAAUGCCGUUAUGUUGAGGCUGAUUGAGACACCACAAGCCAAACAUCGAUGACGCUAUAGCAGCAUAGCUCUUUUUUAUUAUUAUUUUUAUUUUGCACUUUUCAGUUUUGUCAGUUUCUUAACAACCUGCAUUUAGCAUACGAGGUGCAGACUGGCAAAGUGUUCACCAUGUGGCUUAAUAGUGGCUUACUCUUUCAAUAAAUUGUAAAAUCAGGUUUAUUGUAAGUUAGCAUACAUAACCUUACAGUUUUAGGUAUGAUGCUAUGAUAAAUUGUGUUGAAACAAACUUUUCUGAUCGAGUCAAAUGCAGCUAAGCCCAAGUGCGAUGAGUCAGGUUUUUUUUUUUUUUUUUUUUUAACAUGCAAAUGUUCUUUUUUUGCCUUUGUCUUCACCUGCAGCAUUUGAUGAAAACGAGGAAGGAGAUCCACUUUUCAAAGAUUUAUUGAUUUUUUCCCCUUUGUACCACUUUGACUUUCUACCAUUUUGUCCAGUUUGAUGUCAGCAACCCAGCUUGAGCAUGUAAAAAUAAAACUAGAGGUUUUGUUUGAAAUGGACCGUUUACGGCCAAAAAAAACUAAACAAAAAAAAAAUCACAAAACAACCAUACCCAUGUAAAACGUCAACACCAGAAUCAAA